GGGGUCAGGAGCCAGGCAAGGAGAGCCCGAACAAGAGGAGCAUUUUCCUGGGCUCUUCCAGCUGUUCUGUUCAACCCCGCUGUCCCUUCUGAGCAGGGAAGAGAGACUGUCAACACAAAUAAGGCAUUUUUCAAAGGCAUAAAUUAUGAGUUACCAAAACAAUGCGACAUCUCAACCACAUGAAGACAUUGAGAGCCCGACAGCUGGAACAGAUGUGGCUGUUAUUGGAGGUGUGAUUGCUGCGGUGGUAUUUGUCCUCAUUUGCCUGCUGGUGGUGAUGGUUCGGUACAUGUACAGGCAUAAGGGCACCUACCACACCAAUGAGGCAAAAGGAACCGAGUUUGCCGAAAGUGCAGAUGCUGCUUUGAAAAAUGACCCUGCUCUCCAGGAAGCUGUGGAUGAGAGCAAAAAGGAGUAUUUCAUCUGAGAGACAAGGAUUUCCAUGGACUCUUCCCCAAGGGAAUCAAUCAGAAAUGCUACAUCAUCAGAAGUGCUAAGAGAUGGAUAAUAGGAGAACACAGGAAAGCAUCACAGUGAAAAGUAUCUCUUUAUUUUUGUUUGUCACUGGGUUGUUUCUUUUCCUCUACCAAUGAAGAACUAAAUGCCAGAUACUUGCCUGUUGAUUUUAUUAGCAACACAGCUGGUCACAGUUGAAAUCAAUAUCAGAUAAGAAACAAAAUCUCAGUAUGAGUGAUACACCAAAACCAGAUAAAGAUAGCAAAUGUCAAACCUUGACAUUUGUUGAAAAUAACAGAUGCCAAUGGAAAACAUCCUCUUAGAGUUAAUGAUGCAUCCUAUUCUGAUAUGAUACAGAAGUACCUGAAAUUGAUUUUCAAAUGGUCACAGAACAAAUAUGAAAUUAGAUAAAGCUGAUGUAGCUGGAACAAAAAUAGCUUUGUAGCCCAGAUUUCACCCCCUUCCCCUUCAAUGUGCAGUUUUAUUG